GAUUUCAACCUUCUGCUUUAACGCAAGCUAGAGACAGAGAGGAGGGAAACGUCAACCCUCAAUCCAAGCAUUCAAGACAGCUUCAGCAGAGACAAUUUCUACACGGAAGAUUUUUUUUUUUUUUCCCCCCAGCGCUGAGACGAUGUGUGAUAGAGCUCUUUUUCUUAUUUGCUUUACAGCACAGGUGCUUACGUUAGCCUGGUCCCAAGCGUGUACGCAGAGAUGCCAGUGCCCGGACGAGCCCCCGAUCUGCCUCCCCGGAGUGCCCCUGAUCCUGGACGACUGCGCCUGCUGCCUUGUAUGCGCUCGUCAGAAAGGUCAGGCGUGUUCCGAAACCAACCCCUGUGAUUCACGGAAAGGCCUGCAGUGCAACUUCACCUCUGGCAAAAACAAAAACACAGGCGUAUGUGUGGCUCACGAAGGAGACGUCUGUGUUCUGGACGGUGUGGUCUACCAGAACGGCCAGACCUUCUUCCCCAGUUGCAAGCACCAAUGCAUGUGUCGUGAUGGACAGAUCGGCUGCAUCCCUCGCUGCAAUAUAGACGUCAUGCUACCAGGGCCCGACUGCCCCGUGCCGCGCCGGGUCCACGUCCCCGGCGAGUGCUGCGAGAAGUGGGUGUGCGAUCCCCCGGCCGAAGCCAGCGCACUGGGAGGCUUUGCUAUGGCAGCCUUUCGUCAGGAGGAAUCGGUGAACUUUGACUCCUGGGACCCCAGCUUGAACUGCAUCGAGCAGACCACUGAGUGGGGAGCCUGCUCCAGAACGUGCGGCAUGGGGGUGUCCACCAGGGUCACAAACAAGAACCGCCGUUGUGAGAUGGUGAAGCAGAGCCGGUUGUGCAUGAUCAGACCCUGCGAUGAGCAGCAGGACCAGACAGCGCUCUUGCAACCAAAGAGAGGCGGUAGAUGCCAGAGGAUUGUGAGGAGCGACACCGCCGUCCAUCUCUCCUACAAGAACUGCACUAGCGUCCAGGCUUACAAACCUCGCUACUGCGGCUCUUGCACGGACGGCCGUUGCUGCACCCCACACAGAACCAAGACCGCCCUGGCGGAUUUUACCUGCGCUGGCGGUAAAACCAGCAAGAGGCCAGUCAUGGUGAUCCUGACUUGCGUCUGCCACAAUAACUGCCCACGGGACAACGCAGUUUGGCAGGCUUCGGAGCUGGGCUACAGCGGGAUGACGUUAUAGGUCAGAGCUGUCAUCAUUACAGCCAGUGACUGCGUGUGUAUUUGGCAUUUCUGUUGCGUUGGACAAAUUCUUGGCCAAAAUCUUGAGCAUGAGUUGUAUCAACUCUUCCUUAGUCUAAAACACGCAAAUAUGUGACAACAUGGACUCUCCUGUGCACAAAUGAGUCUAUUUUGCUAUUUUGCUUAAUGAACGCACUUAGCACAGGUCUCUACUAUUUUUGGAGAUCAGAUUGAGAGAAUGAUUCAUUAUUCAUUUGAGCAUUUAUGGUCAACACAGUGUGAAUAUUGGUUGUUUUUUUUAGUUGGAAUGAACAUUUGACACUAUUUCUGUGAGUCCAAAGUGUCAUGUAACAGUGCUAACACGUGAUCUAAUAAUUGUGUAGUUGACAGUUUCCAAGUAUGGGAUGCAUACAUGCAUGACCUGGCCCUACACGAAGGGCUCAACCUAUGAGCAGAGGUCAUUUUUGGGACUUUGUGUCAUUUCUAACGUCUGUCUGAUGUCCUCCCUUGUUGUGUCUGGCCAUUAACGUUUUCGUGUGUAUUCGAGUCUUAUGUGGUGGACGACAAAGGUUCUUGAUAAAACUUGCUGUAACCGUUGAAUUUUCUUUGUGCCUGUGUGUGUGCGUGUGUGCAAAUUCAUAACUCAUACUCAAACUGAAUUGUUCUGUGGUAUCUGUUUUCUAACUCUUUGCUUAUUGAUCGGUAAAGUCGUUCAAAAAUAAAUGUAUUUUUGUAUCAAAGAGUUUUUCUGUUGUUGUGCGAGUUACAAUAUUUUGGCCUAGGGUGUCCAAAUUAGAACGCAUUUGCAGCACAUGGCCUGUUUUUUUCAUUUUUGGGGGUCAACAUUUGAAUAACUUUCAAAGGUGGUUAGUAAUGCAGGAAAAGCGGCAGAGCUCAGGUUUGUGUCAAGGCCUGACCCUCUUACAUGAUUUUGGUUCCUUAUGUUUAAUAUAUAUGACUGUUCUUAUUCUAUUUUAUUCUUUCACUGUUUUAUUUCCCCCAAAACCAACAUGAUCAACAGGUGCACGUUUCUGCAGAAAUCUGUGAGAACAUGACUGUCUGUCCCGUAAUGAUACAAAUUCUAUACACACAACUUAGACUCUUUGACUCAGCCACUGUGCAAGCGUUUGUAUUCUUUUUGUUAGCAGUUUUACCUGCAAUGUCUUCUCUGUCCAGCAGUAGUCGCUAAUGCUUCAGUAAAGAUGAAGCCCCUCCAGCAAUGGAUUUGACAUUUUAAAAUGUUUUAUUCAUUUAAUAAAGUUUAAAAAAAAAGAAUGAAUUUCCCAGAAAAUACUCGGACUUCUAUAGUAUUGUGCUUU